GUCCCUCCGUCAGAUUGUGUUGAUGUUUUGUGGACUGGACGGCUGGAGAAGAGGGAAGAGGAGGACGCGUUUUGUUUUUGUUCAACUUAACCGUCGAAAAGGGACCGAGCUGUCGUUUCUGUGGCCCGUUUCGGUUCGUUAAGAGCCUAAGGUCGGUGAUUGGAGCCCAACGGUCGGGCCGUUGGGCGAAUACACCGAAGCAUUUGAUCUAGAAAGGGAGGACUCGUCACCCUCUGACCCCCUCCUCACACACACACACACACACACACACACACACACACACACACAUACAUACCACCAUGACGAUCCUCCCGAAGAAGAAGCCCAGCUCCGGGGUCGGAGUCUCGGACCACGCCGAUGACAGCGACCGUCGGAGCGGCUCCGACCCGCACCAACACCCGCACCCUCACGCAGGGCGGACCGGAGCCCGACCGAGGGCUUCACCCCCGCCGUGGUCCUACCAGCCCGCUCCGCCCUCCGCGAGGGACGACCGGCGGAGCAUCGAGGCGAGCUCGCGGCCCCAGCAGGCCUCUCCGCCGCCCGUUGGCUCCGUUUCCCCGGUAGGGCCGGCUGACGGUCGGGACAGCAGCGGCGCCAUGGUGGCCGGACCCCGCGGGGAGCUCGUAGUGUCGGCUGGUGUCGUCGGGUGCGGCGGAGGCAUCGGCAGCUGUUGCUCCGGGCCCGGGCUGAGCAAGAGGCGGCGGCAAGCAGGUACCUGCUCCGGCGGGGUGGCGGCGGCGCUGGCCGGCGGAGGCCAGCCCGGGGUGACCGGACCGGGAGGAGUGGGCUCCAGCCAGGACACGGAGGAAGGAGCCGGGAACAACAGCGAGGACGAGUACGAGAACGCCGCCCGGCUGCAGUCCAUGGACCCGGCUACAGUGGAGCAGCAGGAGCAUUGGUUUGAAAAAGCUCUGGGGGAAAAGAAAGGCUUCGUCAUCAAGAAGAUGAAGGAGGACGGAGCGUGUCUGUUCAGAGCCGUGGCGGAUCAGGUGUACGGGGAUCAGGACAUGCACGAAGUGGUCCGGAAACACUGUAUGGACUAUCUGAUGAAGAACGCAGACUAUUUCUCCAACUACGUGACAGAGGACUUCACCACAUACAUCAACAGGAAGAGGAAAAACAACUGCCACGGCAACCACAUCGAGAUGCAGGCGAUGGCCGAGAUGUACAACAGACCGGUGGAGGUGUACCAGUACAGCACAGAGCCAAUCAACACGUUCCACGGCAUCCACCAGAACAACGACGAGCCAAUCAGAGUGAGCUACCACCGCAACAUCCACUACAACUCGGUGGUGAACCCCAACAAAGCCACGAUCGGGGUCGGACUGGGACUGCCCGCCUUCAAACCAGGGUACAUCGAGCGCAGUGCGCGCAUGAAGUCGGCCAUCAAGACGUCGGAGGAGUCGUGGAUCGAGCAGCAGAUGCUGGAGGACAAGAAGCGAGCGACUGACUGGGAGGCGACCAACGAGGCCAUCGAGGAGCAGGUGGCCCGGGAGUCGUACCUGCAGUGGCUGCAGGACCAGGAGAAGCAGGCCCGACAGCCCCGUAAGGCCAGCGCCACCUGCAGCUCGGCGACGGCGGCCGCCUCCAGCGGACCGGACGACUGGAGCGCCCGGUCGCCACGGCAACGCGACUCCGACCCCUCCCACUCUCACUCUCACUCGGACCUCCCGACCGCCCCGUCGACUCACAACAAGCCCCCCUCCCCCGCCGGGGCAGCCCUCAUCCUGAGCAAACCCCCCUCCCCCUGCGCACCAGGUCCCAGUAAUCAGAGUCGUCAUCAUUUGGAGUACAGAGCCAUCAUGCAGGAGAUGUCCCCUACAGCGUUUGGUCUGACAGACUGGGAGGACGACGAGAUUCUGGCGUCGGUUCUGGCCGUCUCGCAGCAGGAAUACCUGGAAAGCAUGAAACACCAGAGCAGCGCCAUGCACCGAGAGAGGGAGCCGUCGCCAGACAGCAGCUGAUAGCCGGCCCGACACACACACACACACACACACUCACACACACACACACACACUCACACACACACACACUCGCACACAACGAUGACCUUUGACCCCCCCCCCCCACCCCCUCUGACCCACAGACGAAGAUCGACCCGGGAGGAAAUAAAACCUCAAAGAAAUUCACACUAGUUCUUUUUUUCUGCAGACAUUUCAACUCAUCCGUUCAUCACUCGUCUCCUUUUCCUUCCUUCCUUCCCUCCCUCCUUGUUUCCUUCCUUCCUCUCCCUCUGUUUUCUUUCCCCCCCCCCCAUAACACCCUCCUUCCAGCCAAUAGGGAUCCAGCAUUAUUACACUCCCCCACUCCCCUGUUCCUGGUUACCACUCAGAUGGAGCUCGUUCUUAAUGCUGACUUUGGGAUCAGCUGUGAUUUUAAAAAAACAAAAAACACAAAUUGACUUUGAAAUUCACAGACUUCGUCAGUUUGAAUUUUAAUAUUUUUUUUUUUUUUUUUUUUGGGU